GUAUAUGUAACAACUUAAAGUAAGUUAUUAAAGGAUAAUCUUCAGAAACUGUACUCAAUGAUGCCUUAUGACUCUACUUUUCAAUUUUCAAACUUUAAAACGUUUUUCAAACUUUCGGUGUAUAUUUAAUUUACUUAAGUUCCAAUAUCUCUGCCCUCGGAAUACCCUCUUUAUUAAUUAAUCUUUUGUUUACAAUCGAUAGGUCAAAAAGUCAGUCAUUUUUUACACCAACAUAUCAUAUUACGACGGUCAUUAUUCUCGUGAUCAAUAAACUGAAUGCGCUAAUUGAUAAAAGUUUAUAAAAACACCGAUCGCUUUAUCCAUUGACCGACACGAAAGUAGGUAACUCAUAAAACAACACUUUUAUGAGAUGUUAAGAAGCGAUAAACUUUAAAUUAAUUGUUAGAUACUAAAUUAAUUCAAUUGCUGACUGGAAAAAAGUGUUUUUGCAACUUUGUCAUUGAUGAUGCAUCGUUUCCCAGAAGUUUACGUGUGGACAUGUCCCAGUAUCCUAAAUGGCCAAAACACGGGUUCGACACUUUUUAUGGGCUGACUGUACACUCGUAUACCAGUUUCGGCUGCUGUCGGUACCGCUAGCACGUUAGGUCGAGCUUUUUUGAAGACGCAAAGUGUAUCGCGGCGCGCGGAGUCCAGUCUAGAUAGCAGUCGGGCUCGAUGUCUCAGUAUCGCGCGAGUCACCGCCCGGGCCGGUCACGUAAUGCCGCUCCACGAACUCGGCCGAGCGCGCACCCGAACACGCUCACGAUAAAUCGCAGCCGGUAAUUUACCAACAUGUGAUCGCCAAACAAAAUACCAUAGAGUAAUAACCUCAAAGUAUUGCCGAAAACUUUCCGCCGCUUUCACUCUUUGAGGUUAGGAUUUUUCCGGUUAACGUUUUUCCGAACAACUUUGCGCGUUCGAAAACCUUAGUUUCGCGAUUUGGCAGCCGGUUCGGCGUUUUGCAAUUGCAUAACAAUGCAGCGAAGGCCGGGCCGCGUGGAAAAGUUGAUUUUAUCAUUUCGCACAGGUGAAAAUUAGUGUUUAGUGGCUAGGUAGCCUGUUCCCACGCGGCGCGAGUACGUGAUCUCAGAGUUGGGGACGAUUUCAGUGUAACGACUUGCGCCGAUCGCCUGUUACGAAACGCUCGGGGCGAACACUUUGUUGCCGAAAAAAAACUUUUUUCGUUCCAUCUGACGACAGUUAUCUGCUAAUUGCUUGACAAAAUCUCUUUUGGCACAGAGGCGCACUGUAAGUUUGCGCCUCCACACACGUCGGCUACGGCGCACCAAUUAUUUGAGUAAACAUUUGCAGACUUACACGUUUUAUCACGUACUUUAUCGAUUCUUUUAAUUUCUUAUUGACAGUGUGAGCUAUUUUUACGUUGUUGAUAUUUGUCUCGCGUGACGCUACUGGCGUUUUUAUUACUCUAUGAUAUUUUGAUGGCGAAAUUAGAAAAGUGUUAUUCCAAGUGGUUUACGUGUUAGCUAAUAAUGUGCGUGAUUUUCAGUUAGCGGAGUAACGUCGGUGGGAAAUAUUACUAGUAUCGAUUACCUUCCCUGUGUGAUGUCUAUUUGCACUAAUAAUACGAGUGUUGAGUUAUUCGAGUUAGAGUUACAAUAACCACAAGUGAACCCGAUCUGUUCGGAGACUGUACGAAAGUGACACGCCGUUGGGAAACUCACGCGGUUUUGAAAAACAUCCAUUUGUGUGAACGUAUUUCGAAAGUGUGACUUCGGUUUCAGGAAAAAAAGUGUAACAGUUCAUUGGUUUGAAUAAUUUGUAUGUGCGACAACUGUUCUCGGCAGUGCAUAAGAUUUGAACAGAUCGUGUGAACGAUCCGGCUUUGCGGCACUUGUAAACCGAGAACUCGUCAAUAAUAUGGUGCAAUAGCAGUAAUAUGAGGGUGCUAGGUAUGAUGCGUGUGAGAGUCAACCGAACUGAGUUAUAAGCGAAGAGGGAAGGUUUUAAUGAGACUGGGUGGUGGAGAGGCGUCGUGGGUGGUUGAGCGGGGUAUGCGAGGCGGUGCUGUGCAGUGACGGCGUCCGGGCGGCUGCCAUGGGCGCGGCGCGCCAUGCGCUCGCGCACGCGCCCGCUGCGGCUGCUGCUGGCGGCACUGGCACUCGCGACCUGCGCCGCGGCGCCCGCGCCCGAGCCGCGCGCGCAGCGCUCCGCCAACCUGAGCCACAUAACUGGCACCUCCCGCACCAUACAGAUGUUCCUCAAGAAUCGCUAUCUGCAGCUGCUGCCGGAUGGCACAGUCAACGGCACCACAGAUUACAACAGCGUUUACACGAUACUUCAGCGUGCGACGUACAAGGUCGGCCUCCUGACGAUCCAGGGGGUCUCCACCUGUCUCUACCUCUGUAUGGACGCCUGCGGGUUCCAAUACGCUCAUGAUCUCUCGGACGACUGCGUGUUCGAGGAACAUAUAGAGGAGAACAACUACAACACUUACUCGCGGUUACGCAACGGGAAGAAAACCUUCUUGGCGCUGGACAACAGGGGCAGGGCGCGGCGGACGCAGAUCCCGGUGAGCCGGCCGCUCGGCAACCUGUCGCCGUACGCGCUCACGCUGACGCGGCGCUGGGAUGGGCCCCGGCAGACGCACUGCCCGCCGCGCCGCCACCGCGGCAAGCUCAAGCGCCCGCCGCCGCGGCAUCGCAACUGCCACGUGCGCCUGCAGAAAGCCAACCUCAGGCAUAAGCGGAAGCACAAGAAGGCUAACAAUCCCAAGAAGAAGCAGCGGCAUCCGAAGACGAGAAGAAAACAUGAGAACGGGACGACGACCACGACCGAGGUGACAUGGGACGAGUCCACGAUGUCGACCAUGUCCACGACGGACGUGGAGUUUUUUCGGUCGGCGACCGCGCAGGAGGCGGUCGGUCGCGCGUGAGUCGGGCGCUGGUCGCGGUCGGGGCAGCCGUCGCGCUCGCACACUAGCACCGUUCCACACUUACACGUGCUUGAAUCUCUGUAUCAUUCCUAUUUAGUGCCGUUCCCGACGAUACGCGGAACGGCGCGUCAAAUAUUUACGACAAAGUAGCAUUGCUCUCUUACGAAUGGCGCUCCAAUUUAACUAUCGAGAAAGUUGAAUAUAGUGACGCGUUCAUAACGAAUGUUUGACGAUAUUUAACUUCGUUCUUUCCUUUACUAGUAGUACGUACGAAACAUAAUACUCACUGAUGAGUUAGGCAGUGUUGCCGUUGAAGUCGAUACAUUUUAACAAUAUAACAAAUGAUAUUACUCUACCAAAGCUACUGAAAUUAUCUAUCUCAAUUUAUAUUCCUAGUUCGCUUUAAAACGUAGGUUUAUCGGCAAGAUACCAGUUGUAAGUUACUGUUUACUUAUCAUGAAAUUAACGUAGAUGUUAAAUUAACGUAUAUUCGAUAACGACUAAACACCGAUUGUUUUGAAUCGUCGAGAUUAUCGUUUGGUAAGGUGGAACUGUGUUAGGGAUGGCAAAAGAUUCCUGUCAAUUAAAAUUUAGCCUAAAUACUUACCGUUUCGGAAUCACUCUCUCAAACGAACCUGCUUCACUCACGUCCACAUCAUAAAAGUUAAUUUCUAAUAAUUUAAUAAUUGUUGUAUCUUUAAAAUCCCAUUAGUGGCAUUCGUCCGAUAUGUUUCCCUAAUUAAGUUUAAGUUAUUCGUUAAUGGAUUUGAUCGUGGCCCAUUCGCCUGCGUAACAGACACAACAUGGCACACAUAGCUCGAAUGCUUCUAAUUAUCCACAUAUACAAAGUUCUCUAAAAGCGUAUUCAAAUUGAGAAAUUAACAUUCUAUUCCUUUUAUGCAAAGGUCGUAAAUGCGUCUUUUAAGUAUUUUAUCAUCUAAAAUUAAACAUCGCCGGCUGCCAUAAUAAUUUGCAUCCGAAUGCUUCAGUAACACGAAGAGAAGAAAUUCCGAAACGUUUUUGUACUUAGAUACGUGUGUUGAGGUGUAAUUUCAUAAGAAAUUGACUGAAAAUUGGACUGAGUAAUGUAGUUUAUGUUGGUUUCGGCCUAGACUAUGAUAGGAUAACGUAGUGCGGCGGACGGCAUGCUUCUGAAAUCUAUUCUAAGUUAUAUUCGAGCGUCGGACGCGAGCGGCCGUGCACUGACGCAUGCGCAGCUCAUGCGGUCGUGUUCCCAUGGUCCAACACGCGCGCUGGCAGCCAACACCAGGCCCACAUACCCCGCGGUGUGGACCAAACCAGUCCAAACUGGAACCAAUGGAAAAACCUAUAAAAAUUAUAAUUGCGCAACAGCCGACCAGUACAAGCCCGCUCGCACCGACUCGUCCAAAAAUGUAGUGAUAAACAUUAACGACGAUGAAGUGACUAUUAGUAAGUAGUUCUAAAACGUGUAUCUAAUUUGUAAAUUUAUUUAUUUUCCAUAGAGAAAGUCGUAUUUUGUUAACGUUUUAGUUGAUGUUUUUUAUUCUCUCGUCCCCCUUAGUUCCAACCGAAUGUAGAUGUGUAGGAUCAUACGCUUGUACUUUUAGUGAGCCAAUAUUAAUUGUAUUAUAUUUUAAGUCCGUUCGGUGACAAUAUGUGCUCUGUAUGCAGUUUUGUAUAGUGUGUAAUGGAUGCAUUUGCAAAUAUUGUGAUUGAAUGGAUUUUACACGAUUACAUUCUCUUUAGUGAUGUCCCUCGCAUUCUGAUUAUGUGCGUAGAUUUUGUAGCAGAGUAUCUUGAGCUGUAGUCGGCGAACAUUCUUUAUAGCUCGCUUUCCGUAGGGAAUGUUUAAGGAGCGACUCAUUCAUGAAUAUGCAUAACGAGCGUCCCACUUUCAGUUUUAGUUUACAAUCUGCGCCCAUUGAAAUUUUCUCUUGCAAUCCACACCACUAUUAAAUCGACUAAACGUGUUUCAUGCUAAGUAACAUCUCUACGAUUGAAAGCAACAUAAUUAGUGAUGUUCGCUGACUAAGUGUACCGAGAGUUUUUUUGUGAAUAUAUGCAGCAAGCUUUAUGAAUGUACCUACGUAUGGUAUACGUAUGAUAUUUUGAAUUAUUUAUAUGUAUGUAUAAUAUUUUAGGUAUCACAUGAAAGCGACAGGGAAUGUGUACAAGCCGAAGCAUUUACUCAUCAUAUAAACAUUUUAUUAAUAAAAUAAUUACGAUCGUACCGAGUUCCUUGUCGUUUUCGUAUAAGUCAAUAAAUUAUUCGAUUCUCGGAUUCGUUAUACUUGACUCGUUAUUGUAAAUGAAUACCAAUCGAUCUUUAUGUUAGUGUAGAAGCAGUAUUUCGGUAUUGUAAAAAUGGUUCUCCGUUGCAGUAUCUAGUUUUUGUAGUUUUUAUAAUGAAUAGAGAUUGUAAGAAACUCCAGCAGAUGCAAAUUGGUUUUAUUAUUCUCCUAUACGUAAUGUUACAAUGCAGGCAAUGUUACAAGCUAUGUUAGGCGCCAUGUUGUCAAACUCAAUUUGCCGCGUAAAUUAAACAACCAUUGACAGCUUUUUAAUAGUGCCAAGUAAGAGCCACAUUCAGCCUUAUGUAAUAAAAUAUAAAUAAAUGUAAUUUAUUAAUCUGCUAUUAUGCGGGAAGCCGUGAGUUUGCAUAACAAUGUGCCGCUGAUGGUGUAAAAUACGUGUGUUGCCAUGUGCCAUAAUAAACUGCCCUCUGGGUUAGCCUACCGAUUCAAUAAACAUGUUAAUUUUCCACAGUUACUAUACUCAAGUACAUAUAUGUCAAUAUUGUUAAGAAAUAAGGAUAUAAGCCAUUCAUGGACAAUGGACAAUAAUAAAAUUAUUGUAUAUAAAAAUAUUAAAAUUAUCUUUGAUUUCUUUUUCACACUGGUGUAUACCCUUGUUUCUAAAAUUAUAUAUAAGAAUGUCAAGAGGAGUCAAACAGUAUUACUUACUUAAUUAAUUUCGAUACCUUUUUUACAAUAAUUACAUACUUUUAAAUGUUCGAGUUUGCUUAGUGCAUUUAUACAUGUACAAUUAUAAAAAAGUUCUGAAUAUUUUAAACGUUUUUGAAUAAAUAAUAUCUUUAGAUGUUUUUUCUAAAGUAGUAGUUAAAUUGAAUUACCUACUUUACCUAAUUAGUACUACAAAAAGAAAGAUUGAGCGAAACUUUUAGACAAUAACUUUCUACAGUCUCUUAUACCGACAAAUAAAUAAAAAUGAUUCUAUAA